AUGCGCUUGGGUCGCAAGGUCUUCGACAUGUCUGAAUCAAAGCGAUCGGCUGCUAAGCUCUUCAACAACCCUGCGCUAUCCGACGUCAAGAUCAAGCAAAUUCACGAAGGUCAUACGCGCGAGUACUAUGCGCACAAGGCUGUGCUAUGUCUAGAGUCUAACUACUUUCUCAAUGCUUUCACUGGCAACUUCAAAGAAUCAUCUGAGGGUAUCAUGGAACUCCACGAAGACGAUCCCGAACACUUCGAGUUCCUUCUCAAGUUCAUGUACACCGGCGCGUACAACAAAGACGAGAUCGCGAAAUUCGCGGGCGACGACAAGAACAAACGGGUGCUUGUUCCAAUCGGUGUACACGCUAUCGCCGACAAGUAUGACGUCGUUAAGCUCUACGAGCCAGCUGCGGAAGACGUGAAGGCUGUACUCGUGGAUGCUGACAAGGACAAAGAGAUGCUUAUCACUGCAAUCCACGCUCACUACGGUACCGAGGUCAAUGUCGAUGGGGCUAUGGACGUCUCAUAA